GAUUGCGAAUGCAGGUCCACGCCUCGGCUUGUGGCUUCUGUUGUGCUACAUUCGCAAGGCAGCAGCAGCAGCCUAGAAGAAGGGGAGCCCCCAUCACCUGCUACGAAGGGCUUUUCAAGAUGACGCGUCUCUUGUUAGAGACACCUGAACGACUUGGAAGUCUACAGUCUAGGACAAAGGCCUACAAGGCGGAGAUGAGGAAGGACAUUCCAACCAUAUGGGAGAUGGGUUGUAGCACGUGAUCCAUCUCUCCUUCACCUAAUCCGUCUCCUUUGCCGUCCGCUCCUGCAGUCAAACCUCUUCAAGCUCAAAUUCGUCAAGCUUCCUUCACUUCCACCAAUAUUCCUCAUUCCCCCUCCAACCCCCUUCACCCACGCGUCCAUCAAAGUCGCAGCACUGUUUUACCAUCCCCCAGAAACCUCACAUCUGCUUUCGCGCGCUUCGUCCUUCAAACAAACAAUCCGUUUCAAUAGCUGUUUCCGUAUGCGUUAAUGCAGGAGCGAGGUUGUGCAAUGGUACUACACACUCGCAUACGCUUGGGAGUGGAAGUGCCUUGCGUGAAGCACGCAAUAUAGCAUUCAUUCCUCUCAUAGCGGAUAAGAAUGGGAACAUGAUAG